AACUUAACCUAAUGUCUCGAGCUUCAUUCACAAUUCACACUUCACACACGAGCUUCUUCCUCACGAGCUGCUUCUUCUCUGGUCGCACGAGCUUCUUCCGCCGUUGCCGCUGUUCGCAUCCCGCGAUCUCUCUGUCAUCCCUUGUGUCGCACGAGCUCCUUCCGCCGCCUCUCUCGUCGCGUCUCCUCCCUUGGUCGCCAUCGUUGCAGAGCUCCCUCCGCCGCUUCGUCGCAUCUGCUCCCUUCAUCGCCGUCGUCACAGAGUUCUCUCCGCCGCCGCUCUUGUCGCGUUUGCUCCCUUAGUGAAUUUCAGGUUUAUUAAUUAUUUUACUAUCAGUGAAGAAAGAGAUUUUUUUGUUGGUCAUGUCUACAGCGAUUCGUGAAAAACUCAGCCCAACUCGGUGGAAACUCGGUGGUUGUUGUUGAAUGGAAAAACUUGAAGCGAAGCUCGGAAUGAUAGUUGACUCCAUUGGUAACUUUUUCUCUGGCAAAGACCAGCUUCCCUUGUGUGACCCUGCUCUAAAUGCAAGUGGUCUUGACAAAUUUCUUAAAUCAAUAGGAAAAAAUCCCUCAUAUGUUGAUUUGGAGUUGACUGAACAAAAAUUGACAAGAAGGGAAGGUAGAAGCUUUUCUUGUUUGAGGAAGCUUGCAGACAAGAUUGCAGUUUCUGGUUACUAUGUGGUUGUUCCGGACUUCUUUUAUGGUGAACCCUAUGAUCCUCAGAAUACUAAUAAACCUUUAGGAGAGUGGCUAAAAGAUCAUGGAACGGUUAAUGAUACCAUUGGAACACUAGCUAGAGGCAGAUUCUACAAUCAGGAUGUCAUUGCUGCUGUGAUCCUUGGUACAGGGACAAAUGCAGCAUAUGUUGAACGUGCAAAUGCUAUUCCAAAAUGGCAUGGCCCUCUCCCAAAAUCAGGAGACAGGGUUUUAGGGAAGAAGAAAGAGCAAAAAAGAAUGGGUGAGGAGAAUAUGCUGCUAUCUCUCAGGAAGUAUCUGAGAUCCUUCCUCCAUAUGAUCGACUCAUCUUAAUGGAGGGCCAAAUAAUAAUGCUUUUCAGAUGCAAGCGGAGAUUCAAUUGCUUUCGCCACUCGUUCCUGUUCGUCAAUUGAGCUUCCUCAGGUUGCUGGUCCAUCAUGGGCACCCUUUGCUUCUUGGAUCACUGGUUGAUUACUUGGGUUGAGCAUUCCCAAUAUGAUGAGAGUCUCAUUCACCAACUGUAUCGGCCGUUGAUUGCUAAGGAAUCUAAUGGGAAUAAGGAUGCUAUGGACCUUGAGAUUUGUUCAAGAGGGAAUGUGGUGGGGAAACUAGUAAGAACAAAGCACCAUAAGGAAAUUAUUUUCCCUUUGGUGAUCAACUCUUCGGAAUCAAACCUAUCAAGUUCAAGAAGAAUUCAUGCACAUAUGGCUGAUGGAUGUUGAUUCAUGUCCAUUUUUUGAGAAAGAAUUCAGUUAAUCUUUCUGUAAUAUAUGUAAAAUUGUGUAAAAUUUAGUACGAUUGAACAAUAUACUGAGGAUUAUAGUUGAUAAUACACUUUGUUUAUGUUUUGAAUUAUAUUUACUUGCUUGUUUAUAAUAAUUUUCUUUUAGUU